AAUGGAAAUUAAUUUUUUUGAAAGAUUUCAUAUUAUUAUUUUCUGUCAAAUCACUAAGAUGUCCAAGUAUUCGCUUAAUUUUAAAGUUAUAUUGGUUUUUGUUUUAUUUUUGAAUAUAAUUGAAUCAAAUUAUUGCACUAGGGUCGAUUCAUUUAAUUGCAUAAAUUAUGAUAAAAAUGCUGAAACAGUUUAUCCUAUUGUAUCUGAUCCUAAAGUGCGAUAUUAUUUAUUUACUCAAAAAAAUUUCUUAGACGGACAAGAAAUAAAGGAUCAAGAUGUCAAUUCUGUGACUAAUUCCAAUUUUAAUAGAUAUUGUCCAACCAGGAUCUAUAUAGGUGAUUGGAAGAUUGUACCUAAUAAUUGUAAAACAGCGUUAGUAAAAGAUUCUUAUUUAAACAUAGGUAAUUUUAACUUUAUUAUUGUUGAUUGGAGUGAUUGGAGUGGGAAAGAUUAUCUUGGAGCUAAAAAUAGUGUGAAUGAUGUUGGAAAUUCACUCGGAAGUUUUACCCAAUUUUUAAACACCAAUUUUGAUGUUCAGUAUUGUAAUAUGUAUUUGAUAGGACAAGGUAUGGGAGCACAUGUUGCUGGAGCUGCUGCAAAUUUUAUAGCACCAGCUAAAUAUGAUACAAUUUUUGCAUUAGAUGCAGCAGGUCCAGGUUUCGCAGGCAUGGAUCCUUCACAAAGAUUGGAUCCUCUUGAUGCAAAUUAUGUGGAAGCAAUAUUUACUGAUAUGUUUCUUUGGGGUUAUGGUGCCAAAGAACCAAUAGGUCAAGCUCAAUUUUUCCCAAACAAUGGAGUUCGCAGACAACCGCAUUGUCCUUGUUCCUCACUAAUUACUCAAUUAUGCAGCCAUAGUGCAGCAGUUGAUUAUUUUGCUAAUAGUUUAUGGCCAUUAAAUAGAUUUUGUGGUACAGAAACAACGUUGAACGAUGUAUUUUCUGGAAAUAUUCCAACAAUUGACAAGAGUUGCUGUAUAACAAUGGGUGGUGAACCAUCAAAAAAAAAAUCAGGUGACUUUUAUUUACAAACUAGUAAUUGUUGGCCGUUGCCCCCUUGGAAUGCUCAAAGUUUGUCUGUAACAGUAGAUUCCAAUAACUGCGACAACGGUGAUAUUUUAACUGUUUAUCCAAAUGUAACGAAUCCUAAGGUUAGAUAUUAUUUAUUUAAGUCCGAAAAUUUGACGGAGGGUGUAGAAAUUCAAGAUCAAAAUGCAACUUCUCUUGAAGCAUCAAAAUUUGAUAAAAAUUUGCCAACAAGAAUAUGUGUAAGUUGUUGGAAAAGUAAAGUAAAUAAUUGUAAGACAGCAAUUAUAAAGGAUGCUUACCUUAAAGCAGGAAACUACAAUUUUAUUGUAGCAGAUUGGAGUGAUUGGAAUACAAAAGAUUAUGUAGGAGCAUCGUCAUCGGUUAAGAAAGUCGGAACAUUAAUAGGAAAAUUCACAAAAUUUUUAAAUUGCAACGGAGCUUCAUAUAGUAAUAUGUAUUUGAUUGGGCAUGACAUAGGUGCACAUGUAGCUGGAGCUGCUGGACAGUCAAUAGCACCGAAUAAAUAUAAAACAAUUUAUGGACUAGAUCCAUCAAAUAUUGGUUUUGAUGGUGCAUCUCCGGAAAAUAGGUUGGAUCCAACUGAUGCCGAAUAUGUUGAAGUUUUAAGUACUGAUGUUUUUCAAUAUGGUUAUGGUGCCAAUGCUCCUAUUGGACAUGCUGUACUACUUCCAAAUAAUGGUAGAAGACCGCAACUGGGUUGUCCAACCGAUCCUAAUUCUGCAUUUGAUAUUAAUAAGUUAUACUGUAGUCACGCUUCAGCUGCUGAUAUUUUUGCUUCAACAUUAGAAAAUACAAGAAGCCGAAAAUUAUGUGGAAUACAAACAACUUGGCUAAAUAUGCGCAAUGAAAUUUUACCGCCAACCUGUGCUCCUUGCAACCAUUCGGUGUGUGGGGAGCCAUCAGUUCCAAAAACAGGAUAUUUUUAUGUUCCACGCAAUUAA